CCCUUUCUCGUGCACGCAGUCGUGGAAAAGGUGUCGAAGAGACAGUCCACAGAGACCACACUGCAUGAGCAAGGACGGAAUCCUCUCCAGAAACUGUUUAACAAGAAGGAAUCCAGGCUUUUGAAACAUCUGUGACAAAUUCACGAGGUACCAAAAUGAAGCUGAAAUUUCCAAACCCUGGAUUGGAUAACCGGAUCCCUUCUCAUGCCGACUUGGAGAGGAUGGAGAAGGAAGAAGCUGGGGACAGGCCAAAAUGGGACAACAAAGCCCAGUACCUGCUCACCUGUGUGGGGUUCUGUGUGGGACUCGGGAAUGUCUGGAGGUUCCCGUACUUGUGUCAGAGCCAUGGAGGAGGAGCAUUUAUGAUCCCAUUCCUCAUUCUUCUGGUCCUGGAGGGAAUCCCACUGCUCCACCUGGAGUUUGCCGUCGGGCAGCGCCUGAGAAAGGGCAGCGUGGGGGUGUGGAGGUCCAUCAGCCCGUAUCUGACUGGUGUCGGUAUUGCAUCCAUGUUUGUGUCAUUACUGGUGGGUUUAUACUACAACACCAUCAUGGCCUGGAUCAUGUGGUACCUCUUCAACUCCUUCCAGGAUCCCCUUCCGUGGAGUCAGUGCCCCCUCAAUGCAAACAAGACAGGCCUGGUGGAAGAGUGUGCACGGAGCACCAGUGUUGACUACUUCUGGUACAGAGAGACUCUGAACACAUCAACGGCCAUCGAUAUAGCUGGAGGUCUGCAGUGGUGGAUGGUAGUCACUCUUGUGGCUGCCUGGACUGUGCUCUACGUCUGCUGCAUCCGAGGGAUCGAGACCACCGGCAAGGCGGUGUACAUUACGUCCACCCUGCCAUACUUGGUCCUCACAGUCUUCCUCAUCAGAGGACUGACUCUCAAAGGCUCCGUAGAGGGAAUCAAGUUCCUCUUUACCCCUGAUGUGAACAAGUUAAUGGAUCCAGAGACAUGGUUGGAUGCAGGAGCUCAGGUUUUCUACUCCUUCUCCUUGGCGUUUGGAGGUCUCAUUUCCUUCUCUAGUUACAACUCCAUACACAACAACUGUGAGCAAGAUGCAGUUCUCAUCUCCAUCAUCAACGGCUGCACGUCAGUCUACUCCGCCACGGUCAUCUACUCCAUCAUCGGCUUCAGGGCCACGCAGAAAUAUGACGACUGCAUUGAAGGCAACUUCUUGAAGCUGACAAAUGCAUUUGAUUAUCCUGAAAACAACAUUACGGGGAGCAACUAUGAUGAGGUCCUGAAAAUUCUCAACCAGACAAAUCAAGAAGUGAUCAAGGGGCUGGAUUUGCAGGAAUGCAAAAUGCAUGAUUUCCUCAGUCAGGGUGUGGAGGGGACAGGUUUGGCCUUCAUCGUGUUCACAGAGGCCAUCAUUAAAAUGCCCAUUUCCCCUCUGUGGGCCGUCCUCUUCUUCAUCAUGCUCUUCUGCCUCGGCCUUUCCACCAUGUUUGGCAACAUCGAGGGUGUGGUGGUCCCAUUGCAGGAUCUGAAAGUACUGCCGAAAACGUGGCCCAAAGAAGUUAUGUGCGGUAUGACAUGUGCAAUCUCCUGUGUCGUUGCGCUGAUAUUUACCCUUCGCUCUGGAAAUUACUGGCUCGCUCUUUUUGACGAAUUUGCCGGCUCCAUCCCUCUUCUGGUCAUUGGUUUUGUUGAAAUGAUUGCCGUCGUCUACAUUUAUGGCAUAGACAGGUUUAACAAGGACCUGGAGUUUAUGUUUGGCCACAAGCCAAACAUUUUCUGGCAAAUUACGUGGAGAGUGCUCAGUCCGCUCAUUAUGAUUUUCAUCCUGGUUUUCUACUUUGUAACCCAAGUAACCAAGAAUCUCACCUAUUUGGUUUGGGAUGAGGAGGCGGAGGAGUUCCCCGUACUCGCGGUACGUCCGUAUCCUCCCUGGGUCUACAUCAUCGUCUUCCUCCUGGCCGGAGUUCCCAGUUUAUCCAUCCCAGCGGUCGCCCUCUUCAAAGCCAUCCAGAAAAAGUGUUGCAAGCAGGAUGACAAGGAAGAACUAAUCGAAACAGUCUCUGCUCAAAUACAAAUGAAUAGUAGCAUGAAGUUCUAG